AUAAAAUUUCAAUCGAUAAUCCUUAUGGAAUUAUCCCAAUUGACGAUGAGAGAUUACAUGAAUUCGGAAUUAUCAAAGCAAAAAAUGUCUCCUAUAAAGCUUCAGUUUCAACUCUGCAUGAACCAUCUCUCUCUGUGUAUAUAUAUACAAAAAAAAAAAAAAACCGUUUCUUAUAGAAAUUCUUCAUUUUCUUUGAAUUCUCCAAUGGCGGGUGUUUUCUCUACUCUAAAACCCACCACCAUUUCUUCUUCUUCUUUUUUGUUUCAAUCAUCCUCUGUUUUUGCUUCUCGUUUGCUCUAUUUACUCACAAUUAUCUCCCUAUCGCUUGCCGCUUUCGCUUUCGUUCUUCAAUGGCGUGGUGGGUUACCCGACCCGAGUAGCCGAUGGAUACCCGAAGAUGAUCCAGAUAAGUUUCGGGGCGUGGGCGGGUCGAAACCCGUACGUGUAUCGUCUUCUUCCUCUGGUUGUGAAGAUAUCCUUGGACAGAGCCGUACGCCUUCGUUUCCGUAUUUCAGGGAUUGGAAGUUUAAUUCCGGGUCUUCUUCAUCCGAAUCGGAACUCAGGCCCAAGAUAUCAAUCACUACAAGUACGUCCGCUGGUUUAGAGCAGAUCCUACCCUGGAUGUUUUAUCAUAAGGUUAUUGGCAUAACAAACUUUUUCCUGUUUGUGGAGGGAAAAGCUGCAUCUCCCAAUGUAUCUAAAGUGCUAAAAUCCAUUCCGGGAGUAAGAGUUAUAUAUAGAACAAAAGAGCUAGAGGAUGUACAAGCCAAAAGUCGGAUUUGGAACGAAACUUGGCUGGCUGGAUUCUUCUACCAACCAUGCAACCACGAGUUAUUUGUUAAGCAGACUCUUAACAUGGAAAUGGCCAUCGUCAUGGCAAGGGAAGCUGGUGUGGACUGGAUCAUUCAUCUUGAUACCGAUGAGCUAAUACAUCCAGCUGGAACUAGUGAGUAUUCUUUACGGAGACUUCUGGCAGAUUUACCCAAAGAUGUUGAUAUGGUCAUCUUUCCUAAUUAUGAGAGCAGUGUUGAGACAGACGAUGUGAAAGAACCUUUUAGUGAAGUCUCGAUGUUCAAGAAGAAUUAUGACCAUCUCACAAAAGAAACGUACUUUGGAAACUACAAGGAAGCUACUCGUGGUAAUCCUAACUACUUUUUGACUUAUGGAAAUGGCAAAUCAGCUGCACGAGUUCAAGAUCAUCUUCGUCCUAAUGGUGCUCAUAGAUGGCACAACUACAUGAAAAGUCCAAAAGAAAUCAAACUGGAAGAGGCUGCUGUUCUACACUACACAUACCCCAAGUUUUCAGAUUUAACUUCACGACGAGAUCGUUGUGGAUGUAAACCUACAAAAGAAGAUGUGAAAAGAUGCUUUAUGCUAGAAUUCGACAGAGCUGCUUUUAUAAUAGCUUCAACUCUGACGGAGGAGGAGAUGCUUCGCUGGUACCGUGAACAUGUUGUUUGGACAGAUAAAACACUCAUCCGGAAGCUUAUCAAGAAGGGCAUAUUGACGCGCAUAUAUACUCCCAUGGCCAUUAUACAGGGUUUGAAGGAAUCUGGCAUUUUCGUUUCUGUUAUUGCUUCAGCACAUAGAGAUAUCAUAAAAGAAGAGUCAUUAUCUUCUACUGGAAACAGAAAUGCUUCCACAUAUCCUCAUAUUACUGACACUUUUCCGAGAAAGAUGGGUCGUAUAUUGGAACCUCAAGCAACUACAAGGAAAUUCCUGGAAUUUAGCGGAACUGAUCGUCCAGCAAUUCCACCCGAAUCACCUCCUGGCAUGGAUGGAAUUCUCACCUAUACAAAAUACCUUCUGAACAAUAGUUCUUCUUGAAGAAGUAUACUUAUAUACCCUUGGGGAAAUAGCUGUACAUGAGUUGUGUCAUACUGGAAAUUGGUUUCCAUAGAAUUGUUCGAGUAUCUAGUCCAGAAUUCAGACUCACACCUUAGAGUCACUUGGAAUCAUAGAGAAGUAUUCUUCAUCUUUUUCUACCCCAAUGAGAGCUCGGAAUUUUUUGAAAGUUCGAUAUGUAUACAUGACAAAAUGCUUUGGAGAACGAAAAUUUUAUUCAUGGGGUACAUUUAUCAGUUUAGAUGUACAAGAAUAGAUCUCUUCCAUGCCUCAAUCUUUCAAUGAUUUUCUUACUUUUUACUCGUGUGUACUGUCUGUCCGCGAUUGAGCUGUUUUUUCUUUAUUCAGUGUGGAACGACUAUAUUCGAUUCUA